CGCGCUUGUCGGUUGGGUUGUUUUGGUUUGUGCUGUGCAUUUUUAGGCUGGUGGGACUCCGUGCGUGUGAAUUGUGUAAAUCUCUUAUCUUUUGCGCCCAGGACAUUUUCUGGAGCCACCAUGGCCUUCUGGUUUCAUCGAAACCCUUUGAAAGCCACCGGCAUUGUCAACUUUGACCUCAAAAUGCUUGCCAUGGACAGCCAAGCACUGAAGCUCUGCAGUGACCUGCGUCUGGCCAGAAACCACCUACUCGACUUGCUGACAGACCCUUUAAAUGACAUCGGCACAAUUGAAACUGCUCUGAACACUUACCUGGCACUCUUUGCUGGCAUGAUCCUGGCCCCCGACGAAAAGGGAGGGGAGAGCAAGCUGAGAAACACCACAAGGUUUCGCUGGACCCAGACCAUGCUGGGACAAACACCACUUGUGCAGUCGGAUGCAGUCUUUGAGCUGGUCUCAAUCUGCCAAAAUGUGGGGAUUUGGCAUAUGAAGCAUGCGUCGUCCAUUGCCGCCAAGGAGGACAUCAACAUGGAUGAAGCAAAGGAUGUCCACAAGUGUCUCAGGAAAGCUGCUGGCUACUUCAGUGCAAUGAAGGACAAGUACGUAGGACAACUGAGGGAGCAGCCAGUGCCAGGAUCAGAUCUGGACUCACGAGUGUCAACUGCCUACAUCAACCAGUGCACUGCUGAAGCACAGGAAGGUAUCGUGGUGUGCAUGUUUCACAAUAAUUUAUUUGUGAAUUGUUUUAGGACUCCUUUUUAUUUGCGCAGUUACCUUGCUCUCUAUGUACACCGGCGAGCAAAAGUAUACGGGCCAGGGAUUGCGCGAAAAAGCCGAUUUUUUUCAACUGCCUGCGAAUAAAACUUGAAAUUGAGG